AUGUACCCAAAUCCCUUCUUCUUGUCGAUUUCAACCUUCAGGAUCUUUCCAAAAGGCGCGAAUGACGUUUCCAGUGUCUGCUCCAUUACUCCUUGCGAGGGAUUGGCGUGCUUAAGGAAUGCUUGGGUAGCCGUCGGAGAUAUGGCCGGUGCAGGUGAUGCAGAUUGUUUUCCCUUCCCAGUUUUCGAAAGCACCGAAACGGAGAAAAAGAGGGAGCGCGGAAAUGGCAGUGCUGCGGCGAAGAUCUUGCAACGGGAUUUGGGAUUAGCUCCAAGCAGCGGACAUCGUAGGGGCACCAAAAGCUCUUCUACAGAGGCGGAUGCCAAUGCGGAACAGCUGCCGCGUGAAGGAUCUACCGCCUCGGAAUCUAGCAAGAAGGAAAAUCCAUCUGCGAAGGCAUCCAAGAGGUCGGAUCCCACGCCAAAUGUGGCCAAGACUCAAGGCAAUGACCCUUCGCAGUCAGCAGAUGCGGUGUCUGCAGAAGCUGGCGCAGCUGCGGGUAGCGCAUCUCAGACACCCCCAGCACAACCGAAGCAGUGA